AUGUCACUUGCCCAAUUCUCCUCGCUUUCUUCUUUAACCUUUCUACCACCGCCUACGCCCACCACUCGGUUCCUUCCGAUCCGUUGUUUCCAUACUCGGCCAUCCACCUCCACCAGUGCAACAACCUUAAGCAACAUAGUAAAUUCUGGCGUCAUUGCUUGUCUUCGCGCCAAAAGCGCGGAUGUGGCAUUGGAAGCUGCAAAAGCUGCAAUUACAGGUGGAAUAUCAGUUCUAGAGAUUGUGGUUUCUACCCCAGGUGUUUUUGAGGUUUUAAAUCAACUGGUGCAAGAUUUUCCAACCACAACUCUAGGGAUUGGCACUGUUUUAAAUAUUGAGGAUGCUGAAAAUGCAAAAAAAGUUGGUGCAAAAUUCAUCAUGAGUCCUGCAAUUGUAAAGGGUAUUCUGGAUGAAGACAAUGAUGAUUUGCUAUAUAUACCUGGUGUAAUGACCCCAACAGAAAUACUUUCAUCAUAUAAUGCUGGUGCCAAAAUGGUGAAGGUCUACCCUGUUUCUGCACUUGGUGGUUUUGGAUACAUAGCAACUUUGAAGAAGCCUUUUCCUCAUAUUCCUUUAAUUGCAUCUCAAGGAAUAACAACUGAUUUAGUUGGUGAAUAUAUUGGUGAGGGAGCAUCAGCUGUUGUUCUAUCUGAUGCUAUUUUUGAGAAAGAGGCAAUGGCUCAAAGAAACUUCACUGUAGUUUAUCAACUUGCAAAACUUGCAGCUUCACAAGGCAAUGAAGCUGUAGAAAGGCGUCAACGCCUUGCUGUUUCAAUACCCUUUUCUUUAUAA